CAGGUUUCGGGUUGGGAUGAACUUUGGGGGAGCAGCACCCCAUGACUCCGCUCAGCUGGAAAAGGGACAGGUGACCCAGGCUGAAAGAAGUGGUGAGCUCUGUUAGAGGAAAACAACCAGGACUUAGUGAGGAGAGGCUUUGCUGGGAAGGAUUGCUGUCAGGCAGGAAAGGGAGGACCCCAUGACCAUAGGGCUGCAAAUGCCUCAAACGGAAAAGGCCCUUCUUUUAUCCAGUAAGGAGGAGCCACCGGGGCCAGCAAGCUCUUUGGAGGGGACCUGGGAGAAGCCUAGGAAAAUGGCCAGUGGGGUUGAGCAGGACAUAGGCCCUGCUGUGUCCAGCUGGCUCCCCGGGGAGAUGACCAGGGGUGCGCUCCAGGUCCUCAGGGCUCACUCAGGAUUGGGAACUCGGAGCUCAGGGCUCAGCAGGAAGCAGAGACCCGGACGACGUGUGGUCGGGACAGGGCAGGGCUGGGAAGUGGCAAUGUGGCCUUCUGGGCAGUCAGGGUGGGGAGGACGCACUUUUCUCUGCGAGGCAGAGAAAGUGAGUCCAUCCAGCUGGCUGUAUGUUGGUCAUGAGUCUGUUGUCUGUAAAUUUUUUGUCAUUUCCUGAGAUGUGGUUCACAGCAACCCAGGUGUGAACAGCUUUAUGAUUCUAAGGUUCUUUUCUAUUUUUUAACCACUUGCAUCUAACAAUAAAUUUCUGAGUGACUUGUCAUCAGCUGCUUUCCUUGAUAUGUCUAAUGACUGGGCAGUGACCCCCAUUAUCACCCAGAGAGGAUGCCUCUGUGCCACGUAAAGAUUAGGUGCCCCGCCUUUGAUCAAGGGACUCCUCUGAGGGUCUCAGAGUAUCCAGUAAUAACAGCUGAUAAGCAUGGAGAACCACCUUUCCUCCAGGCACUGUUCCUCGGCUUUGUGGACGGGCCUGGCUAUUUCUCAGAACCCUCUGAGGUUAUAACUAUGAAGGUCUUUCUUCUGAAAGAGGAAACCGGGGCUUGCUGAGGCUCAGUGGUCCUUCUGUGGCUGUAUAGCUUUCAGGGUGGAGCCAGAACUCACUGACUCUGCACAAAAGCGCUCCCAACCCUGCCCAUUAUCUCACAUGGCCUCUUGCAAACGUCCCCAGAUCUUCCCAGUCGGCUUGCAGGGGCUCUUGGCUCCCAGGGGAGAACCAGGUAAAGGAGUGUGGAAGUUUGUCUACAAACUCAUUACUGCAAACUGAAAACAUCGCAAAGGCUCUCUUGCUCUGGAGAGCUACACCGCCUCCCGCUUUCUCAUCACUUUCCCAUUGGUUGGACUUUGAUUCCAGGGAUCUCAGGGUUACUCAAUACCCUACAGGAUACACAUGGUUAACCAUUUGCAUUUGGCCAAAUAGGCGUUACUUUUCAAUAGGAAGUGGCAAUCCAGAACUUGCUUUUGGCCAGUUCUAGUAGCUCACAGCUUUUCUUUUUAAAUAACCACUAGAAGUUGCCUCUUAUUGACAGAUGGUCAUCACCUUGGUGACCUGGAGUUGUCACACUGGGGCCCGGAGCAGCUGAAGGGAGGGGAUCAGAGCGCUGCCUGUGAGUUCCUUCCACUUUUCUGCUCCCUCUGCCUGUGAGCUGAAGGGGCUGUGCCGCACACUCCUUUUUCUAUAUCCAGCCUGCAUUUUGUUUCUGCCCACAAUGUGUGAGGAAUUAGUGAAUGUCAGCGAUGCUUUCGACUCCACUGAAGAUUGUGUUUUUAUGUCAGUCAAUACUACAUAUUAUGACUUACCUGAUCCUGAAAACUUGGUGUGCUCCUUGCAGGAGGUCAGGGACUUCUCCAGGCUAUUUGUACCAAUUGCCUACUCCUUGAUCUGUGUCUUUGGCCUCCUGGGGAAUAUUCUGGUGGUGAUCACCUUUGCUUUUUAUAAGAAGGCUAGGUCUAUGACAGACGUCUAUCUCUUGAACAUGGCCAUUGCAGACAUUCUCUUUGUUCUUACCCUCCCAUUCUGGGCAGUGAAUCAUGCCACCGGUGCGUGGGUUUUCAGCAAUGCCAUGUGCAAGUUGAUGAAAGGCAUCUAUGCCGUCAACUUCAACUGCGGGAUGCUGCUCCUGACUUGCAUUAGCGUGGACCGGUACAUGGCCAUUGUACAGGCAACUAAGUCGUUCCGGCUCCGAUCCAGAACGCUACCGCGCAGCAAAGUCAUCUGCCUUGCUGUGUGGGGAGUGUCGGUCAUCAUCUCCAGCUCAGCUUUCAUCUUCAACCAGAAAUACAACACCCAAGGCAGCGAUGUUUGUGAGCCCAACUACCAGCCUGUCUCGGAGCCCAUCAGGUGGAAGCUGCUGAUGUUGGGGCUUGAGCUACUCUUCGGUUUCUUUAUCCCUUUGGUGUUCAUGAUAUUUUGUUACAUGUUCAUUGUCAAAACGUUGGUGCAAGCGCAGAAUUCUAAAAGACACAAAGCCAUCCGUGUGAUCAUAGCCGUGGUGCUUGUGUUUCUGGCUUGUCAGAUUCCUCACAACAUGGUCCUGCUUGUGACGGCUGCAAAUUUGGGUAAAAUGAACCGAUCCUGCCAGGAUGAAAAGCUAAUGGGCUAUACGAAAACCAUCACAGAGGUCCUGGCUUUCCUGCACUGUUGCCUGAACCCUGUGCUCUAUGCUUUCAUUGGGCAGAAGUUCAGAAACUACUUUCUGAAGAUCAUGAAGGACCUGUGGUGUGUGAGAAGGAAGCACAAGUCCCCAGGCUUCUCCUGUGCCAGCAGGUACUCAGAAACCUUCAUCUCCCGGCAGACCAGCGAGACUGCAGAUAAUGAAAACGCGUCCUCCUUCACGAUGUGACGUGCUGUGUGACAGAAAGCCGAGUUUCCCUAAGGCAUUUGUGAAACAUACUCAUCGAUAUUAUGCAAAAAAAAAAAAAAAAAAAAAGUCUGUGGCCGAACACACAUGGAAAAUGUGGGAAUUAAGCAAAAUCAGGCAAGCGUCUCUCCUGCAGGACUGAACGUGCUCAUGGGCUGUGUGGUCACUUCAGGGUGGUAGUGGUUUUCUGACUGGUAGCAUUUUUCAGCACACUUUGCAAGGAAUGUUUUGUAGCUCUGGAGUAUAUAUAGGCCUGGCGUUUCACCAGACAGCCUUUGGGAAAUGCCGAAUUGAAGUGAAUUGUUGACCAAUGUAAAAAUUUUCAGAAAUAGUCAUGAAGCAGUCACAAAUCACAGGGUCUUAUAGUUACAACACAAAAUGAUAGCAUGGUCUGAAAAAACAAAACAGAAGAAACCACUGAAGCCCACACAUCACUCAUUUUAGGCAAGUCUUGGAGCAUUUUAUUUACCAGAGUAUUUGUUGAUGCUGGUUGUCAGCAGCAGGACCAGCUGCCUGGGCUUUCCUCUCAUUUCCCUGAAACAGUCAACAAGCCUGACGCGGUGAAACGGAGGCAGAAAGGCAAGCUCAGGUGUUCACAGCCUGGAAGUGCUUCGGGAAGACGCGACAGUGGCGGAACAGGCUUCGGUGAGAACUGUCACCGUGGAUGGAGCGGCUCAGGUCGCAGUGGGCCAUGAGGAAAGUGUCACUUUGCUUUUACUUCCCUGGGAGCUGUUCUCUGUCAUGAGCGACUCUUCUCUAGACAGGAGCUAGAAUGAUCUUGCUCACAGCUGUGCUCUGCGCACCUAGCAGAGUUCCAGUGAAAAAAAGGGACUCAGAUAUUUGAUUAAUGAAUCGUAAUGAAAUUGGGGUUUAUUGUGCAGUUUAAAGAUUAGAUGUUUUUAAUUUUUUUAAAUAAAUAGAAUACUUUUUUUUUUUUAAAGAAAGCAACUGUACUGAGAUAAUGUAGAAAGAAGUUUUGUUCUAUGUCUUUCAUGUGGUUGAAGAGCAAUGGUUGGCUGAAGACUUUUGUUAUGAGGAGUUGCAGAUUAGCUAGCGGACAAAUGCAGAUUAGCUAGCGGACAAAUGCAGAUUAGCUGGCGGACAGCUGGAAUUAUGCUGGCUUCUGAUAAUGAUUUUAAAGGGGUCUGAAGUUUGUGUUGGAAUCAGAUUUUAACAACUCUCUUCAACGACAUAGAAAGUUUAUGGAAAUCAUGUUUUUGAAGGGUUAUGUAAAUAUAUGAACAUUAGAAAAAUA